GAUGAUAAAAUACUAACGGACACCCGCCAAAAUCCUCACCGAGUAAAACUUUCCCUAAACCAAAUGCACACAUUCUUCAGAUCACAAACCUCUCCACUUUUUUGCACGUCAAGCAACCAAAUGAAGAGAACUCAACGGCUCAAGCGGGUCCUCAAAUCCAACGUCGACACAAUCGACCCCAACGACGAUCGCAAAGCUCGAACGCCUUUGAUCACCAAGUCAUCUACCAUUACGGCCAAACCCAAACUCAAUCCCGAAGUCAAACCCCAACCUCAGCUUCCAACCCAGUUCGAUUCCGUCUCAUUAACGUCCACCCGUUAUCCACCGAGCCCAACAAUCUUGGCUCGUGAUUUCUACCAAAUUGACGCUCUCGAGCUCGCGCCGCUUCUUCUGGCAAGUACCUCAGGAGGGACGAUGUUGUUCUUCGGAUUACUGAGGUAGAAGCAUAUAGACCAAAUGAUUCAGCUUGUCAUGGUCGGUUUGGCAUCACAGCUAGAACAGCCACUGUUGUAAG